AUGUCGCGCUUUGUCUCGGCUGACGAGGCAGAUUAUGCAUCGCUGCAAGAGCAAUUGCUGCACAGAUCUGGCAACGACGACGGAGCCGAUCAGAUGCGCGCCUCUGUCUCGGGUCCCGUAGACUCGCGGUCCUCGUCCGCGUCAUUACGAUCGACUCGUGCUUCGUCCAGCCAGGCUGCUUCCGCUACGGCAUCUCCCUCUCUUGUUCUUACAGAGUCGUCACCACUCCUGCGCGGCACUGGUAUGGAUAGUCGCUCAUCGGCAAUGCAUCACGCGUCCUUGUCAUCGCAAGAGGUGCCUGUCAUGCGCAAGCUUGGGACGUGGGAUGGUGUCUUCAUGCCUGUCACACUGAAUGUAUUGGGCAUCAUUUUGUUUUUACGAUUCGGUUUUAUCUUGGGGCAGGCAGGACUUAUUGGCGCGCUUGCCCUGCUUGUCGGGAGCUAUGCCAUUGAUACACUCACCGUGCUGAGCCUGAAUGCCAUCUCGACGAAUGGACAGGUGCGUGGUGGCGGCGCAUAUUACCUGAUUUCGCGCUCACUCGGCCCAGAAUUUGGCGGAUCCAUUGGUCUCGUCUUCUUCUUUGGUCAGGCGUUUAAUACGGCCAUGAAUACCCUGGGCUGUGUGGAGAUUCUUGUCAACGCGUUUGGUGAGUCGAGAGGCUACAUGACCUUCAUGCCGGAAGGCUCGCCAUUCUUGUAUUUGUACGGCACGAUAACCCUAUGGCUGUGUACAUUUGUGUGCCUCUUUGGCUCGUCACUCUUUGCUCGUGCUACGCUCAUGCUGGCCAUAAUUUUGAGUUUGGCCAUCCUCAGCAUUCCUUUGUCGUCGUUCCUUGUGGAGCCAUUUGAGGACUCGGUACGCUCGGUGUACUACUCAGGCUGGAAUUGGAUCACUCUCGCUGAAAACAUGUGGCCCAAUUUCACGUCUGGCGCGGCUGGCUCAUCUGCGGCGCCGGGAAAAGAAAAUUGGCGUUCUGUGUUUGGUGUGCUAUUCCCGGCCGUAUGUGGCAUCUUGGCCGGCUCGUCCAUGUCGGGUGAUCUUCGCAAGCCGAGUAAAAGCAUUCCCAAGGGCACAAACUGGGCCUUGAUUUUUACGUUUGGUAUCUAUGCUCUUUGUUUUGUCGUGUUGGCUGCGACCGUCCCACGAGAGUCGUUUUACAUGAACGUCAUGAUUGUCGAAGCGAUUUCGCGAUGGCCCUCGAUCGUGCUCAUGGGCGAACUGGCAUCCUGUGUGUUCUCGGCUCUCAUGGGUGUGAUGGGCUGUGCCAAGAUCCUUCAGGCCAUUGCACGCGACGAUCUGUUGCCGUUCCUCGCUCCCUUUGCGCAAGGAACGGCGCAUGCUGAUGUGCCCACGUAUGCGGUGUUGUUCACGGCCCUUCUGUGCCAGUUUGUGCUCCUGCUCGACUCGAUCAACCUGAUCGCACAGCUCGUGACCAUGACGACCCUCCUUACCUUUGGCGUGCUGUCCGCUGCGACCUGUGCCCUCAAGGCUGGUGGCGCGCCGUCGUUCCGUCCGUCGUUCCGAUACUGGAAUAUUUGGACAGCUGGCGCCGGCACGAUUGCCUCGCUGGGUACUAUGCUGGUGACCGACAGCUACACGGCGAGUGUGUGUAUUGCCGUGACGGUGCUGCUCUUUAUAUUGAUCCAGGUCUUUUCGCCGCCCAAGCCGUGGGGGGAUGUCUCACACAAUGUCACGUACCACUUUGUGCGCAAGUACCUUCUCCGCCUUGAUGAGCGCAAGGGCCAUGUCAAGUACUGGCGCCCUCAGAUUUUGCUGCUGGCGAACGAUCCUCGGAAAGAGUGGAACUUGAUCAUUUUCUGCAACUCGCUCAAAAAAGGCGCUCUCUACAUUCUGGGGCACGUGCUCCAAGGUCAGUUUUACGACUGCCUACCAGAGUUGCGCCAGACGCACUUGGAGUGGCUCAAGCUGGUGGAUGUGAGUGGUGUCAAAGGCUUUGUGGAUGUGGUGAUUGCGCGUGACGUGCGUGAAGGUGCGCGGAACCUCAUUCUGUCGUGCGGUUUGGGCGGCAUGCGUCCGAACAUUAUUGUGCUUGGCUUUCCGACGGCGUUGCAGCGUGCGAGCGAGCAUCAUCGCGGACCCGUGGCGCGUGUGCGGCCCAGUGAGCCGCCAUCUGUGUGGUCCACAUAUACCCAGCCGAUUGAUGGCGCCAAGUUCGUGGGCAUUCUUGAAGAUGCGCUUGCGCUCAACAAGGCUCUAGCGGUGGCGUAUGGCUUUGAUGCGAUGGACCUGCCUGGGCCGUCCAAAGUGGCGAGAUACGAGCCGGCGCUGGGUGAGCAGUACAUUGACCUGUGGCCGAUUCAGAUGGCGAAUCAUGUACGAGACGAGGCACCGUCGUGGGACACGUACACGAUGGUCCUGCAGCUCGGCACGAUUCUCAGCUUCACGGGCACAUGGCGACAGCACAAGCUGCGCGUGAAUGUGUUUGUCGAGCACGACGAUGAGAUGGCGUCAGAGCGCCUGCGUGUGCGCACCCUGCUCGACAAUCUGCGCAUUCCUGCGUCGCUGCGUGUAUUUUGUCUGUCUGGCCAUGUGCCGCGCUACGAUGCCAUUGUGUUGGGUAAACGCGCUCUGGACUCUGAGCUCACCGAAGUGCUCCAGGAUGAUCCGUGGUGGAGGCAGGUGUGCGAUAUGCGUCGCAGAGAAGAGCUGCAGAAGCAGAUGAAGCACAAGGCGGAGCCUAUUGACGCGGGCGCACGACGUCAUUCUCCGUCGCUCUCCUCGGUCGAUGGUCGACGUCGCGCACGCCAGUCGCGGCAGCUGGGCGUGAGCUUGCCCGAAGAGCAUUUGGCGUACCACUACAACAACAUCCGCCUAGGUCUCUCGCAUCCAGACGCCCACGACAGACAAGACGACGACGCCGACUAUGCGUCAUUUCAGCUCGAUGCGGACAACACGUAUGACGAGCUCGAAAGUGAGUUGGCGUCGCUGGCGGUGGACUGGGAUCCAGCGUACCUGAUCCGCGCGCGACGUGCGAAGCAGCAGCAGCGAGACACACAGAGUGACGGCAUGUAUGGUGUGUCGUACGGCACGCUGUCAUCGUCGCAGCAAACCGUGACACCAGCCACCGUGCACACGCAGGACGCUCGGCCGCGCCGGGGCACCGAGGUGCGCUCGCCACACACGUCCCCCCGGUCCGUGCCGGAGGCGGCGCCUCUGAUGCCAGCUGUGGCGCGCGGCGGACGCGCGCUGACCUUUAACGAUUUGCCCAACCAUGCACAGUACUUGAUCCUCAAUGAACUCAUUCGGCGCUACUCGACGCGAAGUACCUCUGUUGUGCUCACCGCGUUGCCGGCGCCGGCGCCUGGCACAUCCACGAGCGAGCGGGACAGUCUGGCGUACUUGCACCAACUGCAGAGCUUGUACAGCGGCGGCCCGCCCGUCUUGGGCGUGCACGCCACGACUCUGACCAUGACCAUGACCCUGUAA